AUGGUAGCUGAUCAAAAGUAUUCAUCUGAUAUAUCCAGCGAGCAGGAAGUUAUCAGAUAUACAGAGAAAUUACCCCAGUCAUUAGGACUGGAUGAGCAGAAUACAAGAGCAUAUAAAGCACUCUCUAGACAGAUUUGGGCGUUAGAAAAAAGACUGGAAGAUUAUUAUUUCGAAUAUGUAAAGCUUAAAAAGAAGGUCAAUUUAUUGAAAGCUGAAUUGGAUGAUCUGGACGAAUGUGUGGAUAGGGAGACUGUGGUCGACUUAAUUCAUGAAAUAGUUCUUUCGCUGAUUGGUAAAGCAGGGCAGAAAGAAUGUAAGGGUUCUUCCUAUUCGUCUGACUCUUCCAAAGAAUCUGAUUUAGUUGAGAUGGUAAGAGAACGAAAAGCUGUCCCUCAUAAGCAACGAAGGAAGGCGUGA